CCCUCCCGCGCGCCGGCAGCGGCGGCACCGGCAGCCCCCCGCGCUCCCCGGGAAGUGCGGUUCCGCGCGCGCGCGCGGGCGGCAGGCUGAAGGUGGCCCAUUGUGAGGGUUAACCAUCUGUCAAAUAUUUAAUAAUCAUUCGUUCAGAAAAUUUCCUGCAUUGUUCAUGGAGUUUUUCAUCAGUAUGUCUGAAACCAUUAAGUAUAAUGAUGAUGAUCACAAAACUGUGUUCUUGAAAACGUUAAAUGAACAACGUUUGGAAGGAGAAUUUUGUGACAUAGCUAUUGUGGUUGAAGAUGUUAAAUUCAGAGCCCAUAGGUGCGUGCUUGCUGCCUGCAGUACUUACUUCAAAAAGCUUUUCAAAAAACUGGAAGUUGAUAGUUCGUCAGUAAUAGAAAUAGAUUUUCUUCGUUCUGAUAUUUUUGAGGAAGUUCUCAAUUACAUGUAUACUGCGAAGAUUUCUGUUAAAAAAGAGGAUGUGAAUUUGAUGAUGUCUUCAGGCCAGAUUCUGGGUAUUCGAUUUCUGGAUAAACUCUGCUCUCAAAAACGUGAUGUAUCUAGUCCUGAAGAAAACACACAGUCCAAGAGCAAGUACUGUCUAAAAAUAAACCGUCCUAUGGGGGAACCUAAUGAUACUCAAGAUGAUGAAGUGGAAGAAAUUGGUGAUCAUGACGAUAGUCCAUCAGAUGUGACAGUGGAAGGAACUCCCCCAAGUCAGGAAGACGGGAAAUCGCCUACCACUACCCUUAGAGUGCAAGAAGCUAUUCUAAAAGAAUUGGGAAGCGAAGAGGUUCGAAAAGUAAACUGCUAUGGCCAAGAAGUAGAGCCUAUGGAAACGACAGAAUCAAAAGACUUAGGAUCUCAGACCCCUCAGGCUUUGACGUUCAAUGAUGGCAUAAGUGAAGUGAAAGAUGAACAGACACCAGGCUGGACCACAGCAGCUGGGGACAUGAAGUUUGAGUACUUGCUGUACGGUCACAGGGAACACAUUGUUUGUCAGGCUUGUGGUAAGACGUUUUCUGAUGAAGCGCGACUGAGAAAACAUGAGAAGCUACACACUGCUGAUAGGCCGUUUGUUUGUGAAAUGUGUACAAAGGGCUUUACCACGCAAGCCCAUUUGAAAGAGCACCUGAAAAUACACACAGGUUACAAGCCUUACAGUUGCGAGGUAUGUGGGAAGUCUUUUAUUCGUGCUCCAGAUCUAAAAAAACAUGAAAGAGUUCACAGUAAUGAGAGGCCGUUCGCAUGCCACAUGUGUGAUAAAGCUUUCAAGCACAAGUCCCAUCUGAAAGACCAUGAAAGACGCCACCGAGGAGAGAAACCUUUUGUUUGCAGUUCCUGCACUAAGGCAUUUGCUAAAGCAUCUGAUUUGAAAAGGCAUGAGAACAAUAUGCACAGUGAAAGAAAACAAGUUACUGCAGCCAAUUCCAUCCAGAGUGAAACAGAACAGUUGCAGGCAGCAGCUAUGGCUGCUGAAGCAGAGCAGCAGUUAGAAAGUAUAGCUUGUAGUUAAAAGCAGAAGCUUUAUCAGAAGUAAUAUAAGAAAUUAAAUUGAACAAAAUCUAUGGUUGGUAUACACUUAGACUGGGAAUUAUCUUUUCAAGAAAACAUAUUUUUAGAAGAUUUGGAUGCUACAUAGAAACACAUAGUGUUGCUUGGUUAGGUAUUUUAAAAAAAUUCAGAGAUGAGUAUUCUUAGAAUAUGAAAUAGUUUUGUUGUCAUUAGCAGUAUAAUGCACUAAUACUGGAUUUAAUUUGAGAAUAUGAUCAAGUUCUCUAUGAAACAGGGAUCAUCACCGGCUGAUGUUUUGUUUUAUCCAGCGUGGAAUACUCCAUAUGAUGUAGGCAUUGAAGUAAGCAAGUUAUGUUUGAAAACACUGAGAUCUCAGUUAAUGGCAAACAUGGGAAGGAAAUACUUGUUUUUCAAAGUUGUGAAUGUGAUAUACCUAAAAUUUUUCAGAAAGGGACAUGAUUCCCCAAGCAUUUUAAGUCUUUUUUUUUUUUUACCUAAUCUAGGUGCUAAGAGUUUGGUACAACAGAGUGUAAAGGGGGACAGUGAAGAAAGUGAAAUUUCUUCGUAUUCCAUUCUUUCACAUAUCUUUUUAUUUUAGUCAAGGUGGCAAGUUUAAUGAAAUACUUUCUUUCCUGAAAAAAGCUGCAUUAUUCACAAUGGUCUUGCCUGGCAAAGCAGAAGAGCCAUGACAUUCACGAGUCCUCUCUGAGGGCCAGUAAGUCUGCCUCAUUUGUUUCUAUGUUCAGUCUUAUGCAGGCCCCCGGAGAUGAGACAGAGCCCCAAAAAGAAAAAAGGUGCAGCAUGGAAAAGGAGAUGUGUUCCUUACUGGGACCUAGUACAAAUUAGUUAAAACUAAUACAGCCUGAGGCUGUAGUUUUUAUUAUGCAGCUUUCAGUUUACUUAAUCUAGCACAGUUAAGGCAAAGGAGCGUUUUUGGAGUACAGUAGGAUUAGGUGCACUGGUGAGUGACAGGGUAUCACCACUGACCCCCGGAACUGGCACAACCAUGGGCUGUCACAUACCUUCUGGCAGUGUUCAGCCUGCGGUUUGGGUCAUACUAGCUUAUAGGUCCCCUUCGAGUUUAAAAACUUCCACCUUGAGAGACACCACCUCUCAGCAAGAGGGAGACCUCAGAGAGUGACUUGAGUCAUCAUUCAUCCAGAAUCAGUGUUAACUAGUAGUCUGUUACUUAGAGUCUCUGGGAUGUUUUUUCAGCCAAGCUGGGGUAGAUUCAGCUAAUUUAGCUGUUAACUCACAGAGUCAACAAAGUGGUUUUUGGAUUGCAGUCUGCUAUGUGUAGUCAAUGAGAAAAAACACAGUAACAGUGGUAAUCCAAAGGGAUAUCAAGCCUUUAUUUUAAAUUUGUAAAUAUUACAACUGUUGUCAAAACUUCAUUUGAAGAUGGAAUGGGCAAAAAACUGCACUCUUGGGCACGUGGUUGGAUAACAUGGGUUACUUGUGAUACCUAUAGCAUACAGAAGAGUUAGACAAGUAUCUGGUAAGUUGAUGUGUGGUAGAUAACAUCUUGCUUUUCUAAUUAGAAAUUGAAAAUAGUAGGUUUGGAACUGUUAUAUGGAACUUGGAUUAUUGGGGUUUUUUGUUUGUUUUUUUUUUUUUUACAGCUUCAUUUUAUUCUUGUACUCAUCAGGUUAUGCAGUUAUCUUAAAAUGCCAAUAAUUCUUUGAAAGCUGGUCUGUAAAUAAAACAUGAACUUAAUAUUUUAGAAAAUGUAAACU